AUGGGCCUACUGUGGACCUCACUCUCCUUGUUGCUCCUCCUAUUUGGGGAACCCAGGAGACUGGAAGCCAGCAAAGUUGUUGUUCUGGAGCCCCAGAAAAUCCUGGGGAGAAGGGAACUCAGGUCCCCAAGACCUCAUGGGUACUCCUCUGGGACAGGAGAUCCAGUGAACCUGCUCUGGUACCAGGAGGGUUCCAGGAGCCACCAGGAGCUGCUGAGCUGGGGCGCCACCUUGAAUGGCUGGUACCAUCUGUGCCUACCAGAGGGCAGGGCUCUCCUGCUCUUUGGUGACAUGAACUCAGCAGUGUUCCAAAGGCGACAGGAUGGUUCUGUGGAUUUCUUCUGCUCAGGGUCAUGGUACAAAGCAGGUUUUGGGAGCCAGGAGUCUGAGUUCUGGUUGGGGAAUGAGAACUUACACCAGCUCACCCUUCAGGGAACCGGGGAGCUUCCCAUAGAGCUGGAAGACUUUGAUGGCAACCGUGCCUUCACCUACUAUGUGACUUUCUGGACUGCAGGAAGGGACUCCUUGAGCCUCCACAGCAGGAAGCUCUUUACCACCUGUGACACCGACCACGACUCAAUUGGGAGUAACUAUGCAGAGGUUGUCCAUGAUGCCUGGUGGUAUGAAUCCUGUUAUCAAUCCAAUCAAAGUCACUAUGCAGUGUCUGCCCCCAAGUAUGGCAUCAACUGGGCCUCAAGCCAGGGUUAG